AUGUACGACAUGAGACAAUUGAACGUCAGAUAUUUUGAAGUUGAAGUGACUGGAGACAGCCUUAUAGCUGUUGGCGUUAUGAAUGUGUCAAAAGAUACCGAAUAUCAGAACACUUUGGUUGGCUGGCAACAAAUGAUUUGUGGAUAUCACAGCGACGAUGGAAUAAUAUACAAGGAUUAUAUUAACAAUGUAUAUGAUACUGGUAUACGAUAUGGCGAAAAAACGGGAACACGCAACGUUGGUGUUGGGUUAGUUUUUAAUGUAUUACAAACAGAGUGUGACAUCUUCUUUACUUGUAAUGGAAAAAGGGUGUUUCAAAACUAUUUUGAUGUAGACUAUAUUGCCGCUGCCAUUUCAAUGAACACUUUUAAUAAAAUUGUGAUUAACUAUGGAGAGAAACCGUUUAAAUUUGAUUUAAAUAUGAUGAAAGAGCAAUUAGUAAAUUGUAUUGAUGGCACACAGUUAUAA